UUAUUUUGUUUAGUACCCAUCCUCAUAAACUCCGAGCGUGUGUUGCUUUUCGGUUCUUUCCCUGUAGGGUGUUUACCUUACAUGACAUGAAACAACUCCGUCUCUUGAACCUCUAUCAAUCUCUCCAGUUUUGCAGUAUUCCGAAGCAUUUCACUUCUAAGACCUUGCUUUCUCAUCCAACUCUCAAACCAAUGGCCUCUAAAACACCCUUUUCAAGUUCAUCACAACCAAUUUCUAACCAUCAUAUUCUUAAGGAAAAUGGUGUUGAUAGCUAUUCCAUUGAGAUUGAAAGAUUAAGAAAUGACCCUACUAUAGUAGACACCAUGACUGUUCCCGAACUCCGGAAGACAUUAAAGAGUAUAGGGGUUCCUGCCAAAGGUCGUAAAGAGGAUCUUUUGUCUGCCUUGAAGACUUUCAUGGACAAUAAUAUGUGUGAACAAGAUUCUCCAACUAGAGACAAACAAGGGCUGUUUAUUUCUUCUGAAAAUACAUCUUUAGAAGUGAAAGCUAAAAAGGUAUCGGAUGAAGAGCCUGUGGAUGAUGUUAAUGAUACUCUAGAGAAAGUUGAACUUAACCAGGGUAAGAAAAGGUUAAAACAAUCAGAAUCCGCAAGCAAAAUUGUCAAAGCGACGACCAAAAAGAAGCUGUUGGUUAAAUCAGACGAGGUUUCAGAUGUUAAGCCUUCCAGGGGGAAGAGAAAAGUAUCUUCAGAUGUUGUUAGCGUUGUAUCACAAUCGGAUGAAAUCAGUACAACAACCACUAUUCAAACUGAAACAUGGACUGUUCUUGCUCACAAGAAACCUCAAAAGGAUUGGAUUGCGUAUAAUCCUAGAACUAUGAGACCCCCGCCUCUUUCUCGGGAUACAAAGUUUGUCAAGCUUUUGUCUUGGAAUGUCAAUGGAUUGAGAGCAUUGCUAAAAUUAGAGGGAUUCUCAGCACUUCAACUUGCCCAAAGGGAAGACUUCGAUGUAUUGUGCUUGCAAGAAACUAAACUACAGGAGAAGGAUAUCGAGGAAAUAAAACAGCGACUGCUAGAUGGCUAUGAGAACAGCUUUUGGACAUGCAGUGUUUCUAAGCUUGGUUAUUCUGGAACAGCAAUAAUCUCAAGGAUAAAGCCUCUUUCAGUUAGAUAUGGCCUAGGUAUAUCUGAUCAUGAUAGUGAGGGUAGACUUGUGACUGUAGAGUUUGAUACAUUUUAUCUGAUAACUGGAUAUGUGCCUAAUUCUGGAGAUGGCUUGAAAAGACUGUCUUACAGAGUGACCGAAUGGGAUCCAGCUCUCAGCAAUUAUUUGAAAGAGCUGGAAAAGUCAAAACCUGUAGUUUUGACAGGUGAUCUGAAUUGUGCUCAUGAAGAGAUAGACAUAUACAACCCUGCUGGUAACAAAAGGAGUGCUGGGUUCACAGAUGAAGAGAGGAAAUCAUUUGAAACAAAUUUGUUGUCAAAGGGAUUUGUAGAUACCUUCAGAAGGCAGCAUCCUGGUGUUGUUGGAUAUACUUAUUGGGGUUAUCGGCAUGGUGGCCGCAAGUUUAACAGAGGAUGGCGUCUUGAUUAUUUCCUUGUCUCAGAAUCCAUAGCGGACAAAGUUCAUGAUUCCUAUAUUCUCCCUGAUGUCAUUGGCAGCGAUCAUUGUCCAAUCGGCCUCGUUAUGAAGCUUUGAAUCUGCAAUUGAACCACUGAUCACUCUGAGCUUGUAGAGAAUGUUGAUUUAUGAGGAAGCCUAUUUACCUCCAGAAGGGCUUUUCUUUUGGUUGCUUUUUUGUCGUGUUUGCUUCAUCCUGGAAAUUUCUGCUAUCCUUGUAAUACAUACUAUGAUCAUUUUCCUAAAGAGAUCAUGCAGACGAAAUUUAAAUGUCUAAGGAAAAUGUAUUGUAUUCAAUGGUUUAGGAAGGUAAAAAGAUCACAUGGAUUGCAAAAUCA